GUGGCUCGGCUGGCUGCGACCACUGAGGCUGCAGCAUCGAUGGCUCGCGAGUCCGCAAUCAGCAAGAAGUCGAGGAGCGGCAGCUCGAGAGCGGCAGCUCGAGAACGACCGGCCUCGCCGGGAACGCCUCCCGGCCACACCUCGGCGAUCGUGCGCUUUGGCCCGCCGUCCUCCGGCCCGCGGUCGGCAACUUGCAAAGUAUACGUGCCGCCGCACAACUUGGAUACGUCUGUGGUGCGCAGCUUUGUCUGCCCUGCGCCGGGCUGCGUGGCGUGCUACGCGACAGCGGCGGGGUUAUACCAGCACAAGCGGACAUACCACCCUGAGACGAUCGCCUCGCGCGGCAGCCCGCGCGGCGCCAUCUCGUACGACGGCGAUCGCCGCUUCGAGUGCCCCGCGUGCGACAAGUGCUACAGCAGCAGCCAAGGGCUCUACCAGCACAAGCGCGCCAAGCACCCGUGGCUGAUCAACGAGCGGGAGAGGGGCUACACGCGCCUGUCGGGAAGCCCAUCCAUUUGUGAAUGAGUAGGCCCCGACGCAGAGCGCUGCGUGUGCAGAGCGAUUGUGUUCCGCGUCUUCCCUCCGCACACAAGGCCGGAACAGUGUAGUCUUUGUCGCUCUGCGCCCAGAGGCCAGAGCCGAUUAGCGAUAUUAGCGCGGCUUCCCUGAGUGCCAUCUAGCAUGGAGUGGACAGACGUGGUAGACACCCCGUCAUCCACAUUCGCGGAGAGGGAUGACAGUGCUGUGCGGCUGUGCGAUGAUUGUUUGUCUGAAGCUGCGUCUCAGCACUCAGGCUG